CAUCUGAAUCCUAUCCGCCAUUCUAGCUUUUGGCUGCCUUUUUCCUGGUGACUUCCCUAAACCAAGCCUCUGGCUGAGUACGGCAGCGCUUUGGGGACACAACUAUUCCCUCUUCUUUGGGUUUCGCCUUGUACUUCUUCGUUUGAGGGCCAAUCUGGGGCGCCAAGUAUUAGUGGCUCCAUUGCGCUGCUGCCCGGGAGGUAGGAAGAGGCAGAGCCCCGCGCAGAGUUCGGGCCGACUGGGGCCUGGGCCCAGCGAGAAGCUGCCGCCGCCCGGAUGUUGCGAUGGCUGAUCGGGGGAGGCCGAGAACCCCAGGGACUGGCCGAGAAAUCUCCUUUACAGACAAUAGGUGAAGAACAAACCCAGAAUCCCUACACUGAACUGCUUGUACUGAAAGCUCAUCAUGACAUUGUACGCUUUCUGGUACAGCUAGAUGAAUACAGAUUUGCAUCUGCUGGUGAUGAUGGAAUUGUAGUUGUGUGGAAUGCCCAGACAGGAGAAAAACUUCUGGAACUUAAUGGACACACUCAGAAGAUAACAGCUAUUAUUACAUUUCCUUCCUUGGAAGAUUUUGAAGAAAAGAAUCAACUGCUCUUGACAGCCUCUGCUGAUAGAACAGUUAUUGUGUGGGACUGUGGGACUGGCAGGCAAGUUCGGAAAGUGUCGAGCUUCCAGUCUACCGUAAAGACCAGCCACCUUUCUGAUACAGGGAUCAGUGCUUUGAUUGAAAUACCUAAGAACUGUGUUGUGGCAGCAGUUGGCAAAGAGCUGAUAAUUUUCAGGCUGGUAGCACCCACAGGAGAAUCGCUAGAAUGGGAUAUUCUUGAAAUGAAACGCCUCCUCGAUCACCAGGAUAAUAUUCUCUCAUUGGUUAAUGUCAAUGAUGCGAGUUUUGUCACUGGCUCCCAUGUUGGAGAAAUGAUCCUCUGGAAUACUCUGGACUGGACGGUGCAGGCCCGUGAAUGCAACUUCUGGGACCCGUCUCCACAGCUGGACACCCAGCAAGAGAUAAAACUCUGUCAAAAACCAAAUGACAUAUCUAUUCAUCACUUCACAUGGGAUGAAGAGAAUGUAUUUGCUGCAGUUGGAAGAGGUUUAUAUGUGUAUAACCUUCAAAUGAAGCGCGUGAUUGCUUGCCAGAAGACCGCGCAUGACUCCAGCGUCCUGCACAUUGCGAGACUUCCAAACAGGCAGUUAAUCUCGUGCUCGGAAGAUGGCAGUGUACGCAUUUGGGAGUUAAGAGAAAAACAGCAGCUUGCGGCUGAACCUGCACCAACAGGUUUUUUUAACAUGUGGGGAUUUGGAAGAGUAAACAAACAAGCCAGCCAUCCUGUUAAAAAGCAACAGGAAAAUGCCACUCCGUGUUCAUUGGAGCUUAUUGGAGAUUUGAUUGGACACUCCUCAUCUGUGGAGAUGUUUCUGUACUUUGAAGAUCACGGACUAGUGACGUGCUCUGCUGAUCAUCUCAUUAUUUUGUGGAAAAACGGAGAAAGAGAAUCUGGAUUGCGCAGUUUAAAAUUAUUUCAAAAAUUAGAGGAGAAUGGUGACUUAUAUCUCCCUGUCUAGUUGGAGGAAUUUGGAACACUUGUGCAUGAACCUUGAGCAUCAAAUAUAGGGUAACACUCAGAUUUGUGUUGUAUUAUUUUUUAGAAAUCUCCAUACCCAGUGUGGGGCCUGAACUCAGAACCCGGAGAUCACGAGUCGUGUGCCCCUAUAAUGUAUUGCUUUUUCUUGUGUAUUCUAUUUGAGGUUUUAGGGGGUUUUUUUUGGUGGUGGGCUUGCUAUCUAGUUGCUUCUCAAGUAUUAGUACAUUCACCAAAGAAUAUACUGCAAGUUUUUUAACUUUUCACGUAGCAAUAACCUGAAACCACUAAAGAAGUGAGUCUAAUUUCAGCAGUGAAUUUUCAGAAAAUAUUCAAGUCAGAGCACAAAUAUUAGUUGCUACAGAACUAAAUGAUACCACAGCAUCCAUAUAGAAAAAUUUUACUUAGGCUUAAAAAAAUUCUAUGCCAGAAAUUGUAGGAGCUUAUGUUUAACAAGAAAAGUCCUCAGAACUCUCACUCCCUUCAUCUGGUAUAGUGUUGUUGCUUCUACAUUCUUACGACCAAAAAUUUAAUAUUUUUUAGAUCUUUGUGCAUUUUGAAAUACCUGCCUUAGUUGUCGAAAUGAAUAUUGUAACUAAUGAAAACCCUCGGCAGAACAGGUGGGAUGUAGCACAUCUUGAAUUUAAACCUUGAAAUCUCCAGAAAACUGUUUGAAGACUGCACUUUGUGCUGCUAUUGAAGUGGGGAGUCCUGGGCUGGAGCGUCUUCAUUUGAACCUAUACCCUGUGAGGAGGAGGAAACAGAACUGCAACAUUGUGGCAUUCAUGAGAAGUUUCUUAUUCUUUGGAUUUCCUAAGGGCCUGUUAACUUCAGAAUCUGUGUGAUAAAUAUAUCUUUUCCCCUACAAAUUCCCAGGUCUUUAGAGCACACUUUGUUGGUGGUGCCAAAUAAUUAAUUUAAGCCCUUGUUGUUUUAGUGUAGCUUCUACAAUUCCUGUAAACUCAGAUCAGCAGCAGUCUUACCAAGACGUAUCCCCCUGCUGUGUGAACUGGCCGAACAGCUGUUAGCUAGCCCGCACGUGCCCCGCACCUCCGCCAGAGACGACAGCCCGGUCAGUAACGACUUCUGUCCCAGGCCGUCCGCCUCAGAGAGGAAAUGCUUGAGAAGGCCUUCCCUGGUGUAAUUACUUGCAGUGACCACUCAGAUUUAAUCAUCUUCCUCCCCGCACUGGCCUUAAAACAGGGUACUAAAGAAUAAAAAGAAAAGUGAGUGACCCUUCCUUUUUGCUGACUCUCCUCAGCGGAAUCAUUAUAAACUGUUGUUUUUAUCAGUUUUACCUUUGAAUGUUGCUUCCCCAACCAUCCACAGACGGCAAGAACUCAAGUCAUCUAUGCCAGACCGAUGCCCUCAUGUUAGGAAUGAGGAAAAGGAGACCCACUCAGGUAAGGCCUUGCCAUUAGCCCUCCUUCCAGUAUCGUCAUUGAGUGGCUUUAAAAGCAGAAAUCUAAGAGGACUGGAAUAAGAGAGAUCCGUUUACAGGACUACCACUUAGGUAAAGCCAAGUGACACGACUACUUUUAAUUCACAAUGAAAAUAGCUUUAUGGAAAAAGAUAUUAAUUUGCAUUAUCUCAAUUAAAGAUUUGAAUAGGAAAAUUUGUCAUGGUGGCAUAUUUGAGGAGUCACAGCCAACUUUCUAAUUUUUCAUCCUAAAACUGGAGCAUGUGUAAACCCGGCAGACAUGCAUUCUAGUCUUAACACGUUGUUGAUCACUUAAGGGAAUCAAGUAAGUCCACCUAACUAGCGAGCUUUUUCUUUUGGAGUUCUACAUGAGGUUUUGAGUUUCUCAGGUUAUUUUCUUGAGUUGUAGAAGACCUCUUUAGUGAAUUAUACAGGGAAUUCAUAGAAUUGCCAUAGAGUGAAGGAAACCUUCAACUCAGAAAGACAGGAGGUCAGAGUAGGUAGGGCCCCAGACUGCUGCUAAAAAGUGGAACUGUUAACAGUUCUGUACUGUGCCUUAUUACCACAUGGUCUGGCUGUAGUCACAUCAUACAAGCAAGAGCCUCAAUUUCUGGGGAAUUGUAUUAUUCCUUUCUCAGCUUGAGGCUUGUCCUUUGCCCCCAAGACUAACCAGUUCUGAUUGGGACAGCAUGCGAAUUUUAUAAAAUAAAAUUGGAAGUAAAGAAUGACUUUAUGAUUAGUUAAGGAGUGGUACUAAGGGACUUCAAAUCAAUAUGGCUCCCUUCCAUCCAGAAUGUUUCAAUACUAGAGUAUAAAGUAUACUAAAGACUGAAUUCACUACCUGGGGGAAUGCCAUAGUUAGUUAGCAAUUCAGAAGAUUGCACCACAAUAGAUUACACUGAUAAAGAGCAUAGCUGUGUUAAAGCUCUGGUACCUGGUCGUUUUAGAGGACUGAGUAGUUAUGACAUUACUUUAACACUAUACGGUGCCAGCUGUAACAUUCAUAUAGAAAAUGUCAGACAUCUGAUAAAUGUUACUGACCAAAUGGAAGUGAGAGCAACGUGUUGAGGAAAACACUGUCCUUGCCUCAAGCAAGCCUCUGAAGCCUAGGCCAGUUCCAAUGGGAUUUUGACCUCCUAAACUUAAUGCGUCUGAAAAUAAAGUGUGUGAUUCAUGAAAUAAAGGACACUCAAGUGAAAUUUUGAAGUAAAAGUUUAGGCCAAAGACAUGAAAUAAAAACAGCUGUUAGGGAUGAAAAAUGGCUGUAAGAAUUUAGUUACAAGUACUUCACAAAAACAUUUUCAUCACAUUUACUUAAUGCAGCAUUACAACACAAAGCGGGCUGCUGUCCGGACCAAGCACAUUCGCUUAUCAUCUAACAAAAAUAAUUUAGAUAUAUUUCUUUGCAGAGAAUUGUCAUAGAGGCUUUCAUUUUUUGGUACAAAACAUAGAAAAAAACAUUGGCACAUUAUGUAGUGAUGUCAUUUUCUUCCCAUGUUCGAGUUUCCAGUGCUCUGCAUUCCAAUUUGGUCUGUUUAUACGUCUUAAAAAUGCAGCAUGGAGGACAGAGGAUUUGAAAGGAAAAUGGAACUAUUUUGUUUAUGGAGUUUCUGCUAUUUACAAUACACAGAGAAGGGGUGGUUGGUGAAAGAGAAAGGAAAAUCUCAAGUCUGACUAUGGCGAUCACAGAAAGUUUUCAAAAGAGCUGUAGAAAAAUAUGCACUUGUGCUUUCGAAGCUUUUAGCAGACAGUUAAUAGCUUAAAAUAGUAUUUACUGCUUCCUGAUAUAUUUACACAUCUUGCAGUCUUUUACAUCAUGAAAGCAAAAUGGCAAGGUCUCAAAUGUAGAUUAAAAACAUCUAAACUUCCCGUCCCUGCCCGCAUAGAUUAUGUAGAGAUGGCACACGGCAUAACAUACUGCAUGAACUUGCACCCAGGAAAUUCAGAUUGCUUUAAUAAAAAUUUUAAACCGUAAAUGUAUAUAAAUUUUCUUUUUUUAAAAAACUUACCCAAGGGCUUUCAGGUUUAAUGGCUUUUAUAUAAUACCCCCGACACUGCCUCUGUAAACCGGAACACCCGGAAGCUCAUGGAUUCCCCCCCCCAGGUAAGGUGUGUCAGUCAGUCCCUUCCUUCCCCGCCGUAGAUGGCUUGCUGUUAGGAGAGAGGGCUGCCGGGCUGCCCCUUCCAGGCCAGAGAAGGCGCUCACCUGGCCCAGGCUGUGCUCUCCCUGGGUGUCACACGCUUGAUCAAAAGAAGUGCUUAGCCCCAGAGGCCGUGAAGCACACUAGUUUAUCAAUAAUUUGGUCCUAGUUGUUUUGCUCAUUUCAUAAGUACUUUUUUUCCUUAGGCGUCUUUAUGAAUCCUCCAGACUGGUGCUCUGAAAGCAAACCGUGAUGGUGACUUUUAUGGGGAGAGACGAGCUGCACACUAGGUAAGCUGUGUCAGCCAGGGAGAUGGGCUCACAGGCAGCGGACGUUUGCUGCUUGUAUCCUGCUAGUUACAGUAAGUGAGCUCCAUGGUUUGAUGAGGACACUAAGUGUUCGAAAGAAAAUACACUUUUCUUAACAGAACAUACCUUUCUAAAAAUGCAGUUUGAUUCAAAGUCAAAUAUUAAACACUAGCCCCUUAACCCACGCCUGUCCUUUUCAGCGUAAAGGAAAGCCUCUUUUAUUUACACACCACUGUGAUCCACAGUGCCCUUCGCAGAUCAAGAGGUCACCUUCUCUCUCCGGGGUUUAGCUGUCAGAGGGAAGCCUCAGACUUUUGCACUUGAGGUCAUCUAAUGUCUUCCAGUGCUUGUAGUUAGCAGCCAAAUGUUGCAUCAGAGCCGGCAGGUGGGCAAAGGCUGCAAGGACAUCAAAAGAAUCACAAGUUAGAUGCCAGGAACACUUACAAGGCCGGCGCUCUGUGAGACAGAUGGAGGCUGGGUCUCGGAAGAGAGGUGCCCGGGUCAGGCCUUAGGCGCCGCGAACAUACAAGCACCAGAAGGGGAAGCUGUUCACCAGUAGUUUCUGAAACACAAACGGGUCCCCUUAGUUUACAAAAUGUAUCAGGUCCAUUCUGAAUCAGAUUCUUGUGGUGGUCUUUCUGGAGUUUCCUCCGAUGAUACAGUAAAAUCGCUAUAAGCUUUGGAAACCUAUGCGUUCAAGAAGUGAAGACUUGUGGGUCCAGUUAUCAAACAUCCGUUGAGUUUUCUGGACUCCGAGGUUCUCUGUAAGGUGCUGGGGACGCACGAAGCGUGCAUGCACGCCCUCACACCUGGCGACCAACAGUGCACAUCGGCGUUUGGGCCCAGCCUGUGUACUGAGAGGUCAUCGCAGGAAGUAGAACAGAAUCCCCGGCGGGGGUAAAACACGGGUCUUACCGUCCCACGCAUCAAACAUGUCUGUCACGAAGUAGUCAAUGAAGGAGAUCUGGGACUUGGGGAUGCUGCAGGUGCUCCGGUCAAACACGGGCAUCACCACCGGCAGCCCCUGCCUCUUCUCUUCAUCGGUCUGCAAGACACAAGGACACACCCAGCGCUGGGGCGCGGGCACUGGCACGGUAGCCUCUAGCUUCUCAGAAUAACUCUGGAAAGGGGUCACCGUCCGAGCCUAUGAAGAAACAGGCUCCGCAAGGGCUGGAGGCUUAUAGAAGUCAACCCCCUUUGAGCCGUGUGACUGAAUUCGGGUCUUCUGAGUCUGAAGUCUCCUGUAUCACAGCCCUGCCUGAAGCAUUGAUCCCCGGGUUCUUAACCCCAUUUCCAAAGUGGUACCAGUAAUACUAAUACUAAAUACCCUAACUGACGUUACACUGAGUGUAAUGGGUAAAACUGUGCCUUAGCACAAGCUAAGCAGUAUGAAUUACUAAUCUUGAGGUUUUAACCUGAGUAUAUAUCCUCUUAAAAUUCUAUGUUUGACAAAAUGGAAACGUCACGUGAAGUCCUCGUACUGCAUACCAAAGUAUCAAUGGUUGUCUUGAGGAAAAGCAUUUACGCAACUGA